AUGCCUGUGGGAACGCUGACAGAAUUGAUUGUACCAAGCACCUACCUUUCCAGUGGAGAAAAUGAACAGUCAACAGAUGUUAUCAGUGUUUUGGAAGGAGAUUCCAUCAGCAUAACUUGCUCAUUGAACAGUUCAGCAAAUGAAUUGGGAAUGUACUUAACAACUAGCAUAUGGCCAAUCAAUGUGCUUCAUGUUUCCAAACAGAACAAAGUACAAACCUUUCCUGCUUUGGCUAAUCGCAUCAAAUAUUCAAAGGAAGGCAGCAAACUCAGGAUAACUCUGCACAAUGUACAGGAAUCUGAUUCCAAUGUCUACCAAUGCACUACAUUUAUUUUAAUCAAUGACCGUCACAAAAGGCUGACUGAGAAGUCAACCAUAGUAGUGGUGAAAGCUAAAAACAAAGUUAUUGAGCAGUCACCACUCUAUGUCAAGACACAGGCAGGCCACGCUAUCAACAUUACAUGUGUCCUGAAAAGCUCACAUGAGGAUCAAGGGAUCUACUUGCUCAAGACUCACGAGCAGCCUGAAAGAGUGCUUUAUGUUUCACAUCAGAAUACAACUAUUGCUCCUGGCUUUGCUCAGCGCUUGGAGUAUUUAAAGGAAGAAAAGAAAAUAGUGAUAACUCUCAACAACUUAGAGGAAAAUGACAGUGGUGUCUAUAUAUGUGCUGGUGUGCUGAAGAAUUCCUCUGUCCUCGAAGUGAGUCGAAGCGGCACCAUCUUACUGAUUAAAGGAGUGGAGCAGGAAGACUGCAGUAACAGUUCCUGGGUCAGCUAUGUUCUUAUCAUCAUAGUAGUGCUACUGCUCUGUGCACUGACUUGCUGUGCCCUGUACCAUGUUGAUGUGAAGAAAUAUUUCCAGAAAAGAAAACCAAAUUCAGUAUAUGAAGACAUGUCUUACAGUUCUAGACAUAACACCUUGGUCAGAACCAACGCUUACUCCAUCGACAACUAAGCUUCUGCCAGCUGGGACUGUGCA